AAGUAAAUUGUCACCUACCAUUAAAUUCUCGAAUUCGAAUAAAGUUCGCAUUCUAGCUUGUGGCCGGUGAUCUAUUGAUAUGUCGAAGAAUGUAAUCAUAAUUGUUUAUAUAGCGAUUGUGGCGUGUGCUUUUGUAGCACAAGAUGUGAUCGGUAGGGAAAUAGAUACCGGAGCAUUGGAAAUAAACGAAGCACACGGAUGUAGUCCAAAGGAUCCUGCAGAAUGUAAGAAACAUGUAGCUAAUUCAUGGAGAAGAGGUUGUCUUGAUUAUGAUAGAUGCCGAUCCUUUGGGGAUGACGAUGAAGGCGAAGGCGACGACGAAGGGAAAAAGGGUCAAAAGAGUCAAAAGGGUCAAAAGGGUAAAAAUGUAAAAUCUAGCGGGAAAAAAACCAAAAAAAGGUCGAGAAAAGCUGGUGAUCAUUAGGUAUACAUAAAUAAAAUUUAUAGGGAAUAUUGUUUUGAUUAUUAAGGAGUAACAUCUUCUUCAUUUUUAAUAUAUGAUUUGAGGCAAUCAAGGCAGAAAUAAUUGUUUUUUUUUACAUAAUUCAUAAUCAAUAUAUUUAUGUUAAAUGCGUAAAA